AUGAAUAGAAUUUUUGGCAGAAAGAAAAAAGAAAAAGAUGGGGCAUCAUCUAGAGAAAGCACAGAGUUUUCAGAGAAUGAUUUCCUUUCAUCAUUACCAGCCAAAGCAAAUAAACGUUAUUCAAUGGCAUAUUCUAGCUAUCAACAACCAGAAUCGGGUUCAAGAAAUAUUUCAGGUGCUGAAAAAUAUGACGAUAAAGGUAAAGCUGUAGAUACACCAGAGUUUUUUGUCAAUACAAUUAAUGUUUUACCAAAUAUUGAAAUUUUAGCGCAAUUAUGUUCAACAUUACAAAGUAAACCAUCAUCAUGGGCAAAGUCAUUAAUAGAUAGUAAUGGUAUCGAGGCAUUGUGCAAUGUUUUAGUUUUUAUAGAAAAGAAUGGACAAAAAGACAGUGAUAUAAUUUUACAAUCAUUGGCAAUUUCAUGUAUAUUAUCACUCCUCAAUAGUAAAUAUGGCAUAGAGAAGGCAAUAGCAACACCAAACUCAAUGAUUAAAAUUAUUACAACUAUGGAUACACCAAAGGCUGAUACACGUUCAUCUGUAUUUGAAAUUCUUACAGCAGUUUGUAUGGUUUCAGAGAAAGGUUACCAAUUGAUCCUCGAGGCCAUGACCCAUUUUAAACAGGUUCGUAAAGAAAGAUUCAGAUUUACCUAUCUUGUCGAAUCUAUGAAAAAAGAUCAAUCUGAUAAAGAAUAUUUGACCACAUGUCUCACUUUAAUCAAUGGUAUAGUUAACAGUUCAGAAGAGGUUGAUGAACGUAUUCAAUUAAGGGGCGAGUUUAGCAGAUUAGGUUUGGACGAAAUUAUCCGUGUUAAUAAAAAGAUUCAAUAUGAAGAGGCACCAGAUUUACUCACUCAAAUCGAUGUAUACGAUGAUGAAUUACGUGCAGAUCAAGAAGAAUUGGCUGAACGUUUUGCUGAUUUAGAAAUCGAUAUUAAUAAUCCAAAAGAAAUCUUUAAAAUAAUCCACAAUCAAACUAAAGAUCAACCACAUCAUCCUUUCCUAAGUAUACUUCAAUCUUUGCUAUCAAUUCCCACCGAUACCGAGUCAGGAAUGUUAAGUUGGUUCCUUGUAGAAAAAUUAAUUCAGCAAAUAUCCCUCAACAAGCCAAUGAUUGGCGACGAAGAAGGAAGAGUCAGUUUAGAGGAUUUAUUGGCUACAACUGCCCCAUCAGUUGCAUUACAAUCUGAAUAUAAAAAGAAUUUCGAGGAUCUCCACAAAACAAAAGAACAACUAAAGAAAGCAACAUUUGAUUUAAAUAUAGCAAAUCAAGAGUUAUCGUGUAGGAGUCAAGAGUCUUCAGUUCUCAAAAGUAAUAUGUUUAAUACCGUCAAGCAAAAAGAUAUCGAAAUUAGUAAGCUUCGUGGUCAAGUGAAAAGAUUGGAUUCAAACUUCUUUAGUCCACCACCAGGUGCAGGUAGCGGAAGUGAAGAUGAAAAAGAAAAAGAAAAAGAAAACACCACUAACUCAACAUCUUCUAAACCACCUGCCUCUGCCAAACCACCAUUAUUACCAAAAUCAAAUUCAGCAAAAUCAGUUUUGAAAAAAGAAAAAGCUAGAUCGAGUGAUAGCUUAUCAAAUGAUUUAAAACAUCAAGUAGAUUCAGCUCAACAGACCUCAACCCCACCAAUUUCAAGUUCACCAAAAGAAACCUCACCAGCUUUAACCUCAACAACCCCAACUAUAGUACCAUCACCAGUUGCAGCCGCACCACCACAAGAAGAAGCACAAGUACCUCCACCACCACCAGUUGCAGCCGCUCCACCUCCACCACCUCCACCUCCAAUGAUGGGUGGCCCACCACCACCACCUCCACCACCAAUGAUGGGAGGAGGUCCACCACCACCACCUCCACCACCAGGAGGAGCACCAGGAGGUCCACCACCACCACCAGGAGCAGGUGGUUUUGGAUUAUUCAACUCUAAUAAGCCACCAGCCAAUGCACCAAAAUUCACAGUUUCAAAACCAAGCACCAAAGUUAAACAAUUCCAAUGGACCAAAAUUCCAAAUAAGAAAUUAAAUGAUACUAUUUUCACUAAUAUGGGUAAUAUUAAAACCGAUUGGCUUAAUCCUAAUGAAAUUGAAAAUCUCUUUUUUGCAGCCGAAUCAGCACCAAAGAAAUUGGAUGCCUCGGAUAAAAAAUCAACAUCAUCAACCAAACCAGGCUCAGUUACAGUUAUCGAUCCAAAGAAAUCUCAAAAUUUAGCAAUUUAUCUUUCCAAAUUCAAAUGUCAAAUAGAAGAUAUUAAAACAGCCCUUUAUACAUUAGAUGAAGAAGUCUUCAAUAUUGAAACACUUAAACAACUUGAACAAUAUCUCCCAACUGACGAAGAUAUGGAAGCAAUCAAAGACUACUUAAAGAAUGGUGAAUUAAAAAUGUUAACCAAGGCUGAACAAUUCCUUUUAGAAAUGGAGUCAGUUUCAAAUCUCCAAGAACGUGUAAAAUCAUUUUAUCUCAAAAUAGCAUUCCCAGAUAAACUUAAAGAAAUCAAACCAGAUUUAGAACUUUUCACUAAAACCACCAAAGAUAUAAAAUCCAGCAAAAACUUUUUAAAGGUUAUUGAAGUUAUUUUAAUUAUUGGUAACUUUUUAAAUGGUGGCACAGCAAGAGGCGAUUGUUUAGGUUUCAAAUUGGAUGCUCUCUUAAAACUAACCGAUACAAAAACUUUCAAUAACAAAUCAAAUCUUUUAGUGUAUAUUAUCAGUGAAAUAGAACAAAAAUUCCCAGAAGCUCUCAAAUUUAUGGAUGAUCUCUCAGGUGUUCAAGAAUGUGUAAAAAUCUCUUUAAAUACAAUCCAAGCCGAAUUAAACAUACUCAAAAAGGAUUUAGAUGUUGUUACUAAUGGUUUAGGCAAAAUGAAGAGAAACAAAGAUGAAUCAUACUUUUUCUCAUCAAUGGAUGAUUUCAUUAAGGACGCCAACAUUGAAAUCAAGAUUGCUUUUGAACAAUUCCAAGAAGCUGAAAAGAAUUUCCAACAACUAGCCUCUUUCUUUGGUGAAGAACCAAAAAUGGCUUCAGAAGAUUUCUUCUCACUUAUGAAUCGUUUCAUUGUUACUUUUGAUAAAUGUUAUAAAGACUUCCAAAGAGAUAAAGAAGCUGCCGAGCGUGCUCUUAAGAGAGAUGAGGCCAAACAAAAGAAACAACAAGCCCUCAAGAGAAUGAAUGGUAAAUUAUCUCAAGGUAAAAGUACUAGCGGUGCCAAUCCACUUUCAUCAAGCACAUCCUCAAUGGCCGAAGGUAUGGUGGACGAUAUUAUGCAAUCAGUUAGAGAUGGUGAUGCCUUCAAACAAAGAAGACAAAGAAAAGCUACAACUGAAACAGAAUCAACCACCGAAAGUACAUCUAUUAUUACAACCCCUAGUGGUAUCGAAAUUGAUAUAACACCUCCAAAAGCAAGUAGAAGAGGUAAAAAAUCGAGUGAUACAGACAAAGAAAAAGGUAAAGAAAAAGAAAAAGAAAAAGAAAAAGAAGAAUCAAUUGGUAGUGGAACUGUUUCAAAGAAAGAUAUUAAUGUUGCUGCAAAAGCUUUAACGAUUGUAAUGCGUAGUAAACAAAAUUAUUCAAGAAUCGAUAAUUUUAAUUUUAAUGAAUAA